UAAAAAUUCUAAUUUUUAACGAAAUUUUUUUUUUUAGUUUACUUCACGUGCAUCGUCAAAACAAUGUACAACGUUUUGUAUUAUCAAGUAGUGACGCAACUUUGCACGACGCUCUCCGAAGUCGAUUGCAUGCGAAUUCUCAACACCUACGGCAAUUACGAGCAAGUUGGCGACGUGCGAAACAUCGGAGCUGCCAUGGCUCUCGUUUUAACAAACAUGGAAAAGUGUCGUCACUUACGGAAAGAUGCUGUCGACGAAAAAAUGGCCGAUGCCGCAACUGCAAGCGAACCUCUCGAUUUACAGCCCUUCGAGCUUGAACUACAAAAACUUUGUCUUCCAUUUUUGCGAGUUGCUGCCUUGCUGCGUCACCACAUCUACCAUCAGGAACUACCGCAUGUCGCAGCGACAAAUUUAGAAUUCGCCCGUUUAGUUUACUUCUUGGAACUCGUGACAGUCGGCAUGGAUUGGAGCGAAUUUGAUGCCACAAAAGCGUUGUGCUUCGCCGAAAAAAUGAGCAUAAAACUGCCGAUUCAGUGGUGCUCGCAACUUUUGGAUGUGCCGCCGCCGCAUCAUGUCACGCGAGACUUGAUUUUGCAGCAACACGUUGCCUGGCAGCAACCGCGACUGCUUCGAUUGCCACGAGAAUACGAAAGAUUGUUUACGUAUUAUCACGAACAAGUGUGUCCCAAAUGUCAAAAAGUACCAAAGGAGAGUUCUAUCUGUUUGCUGUGCGGCGCUAUUGUUUGCCUCAAACAAGCAUGUUGCAAAGAAGAUAAUUGCUGUGAAGCUGUCAGACACUCAAUUACCUGCGGAGGCGGCACUUGCAUCUUCUUGGUAGUGACUUCAACGUACAUUAUCAUCAUCAGAGGACGUCGUGCUUGUCUCUGGGGAUCUCUUUAUUUAGACGAUUAUGACGAAGAAGAUCGAGAUCUCAAACGCGGAAAACCACUUUACCUAAGCGAGGAUCGCUUCAAUCUCCUCGAGUCCCAAUGGAUUUCACAUAGAUUCGCUCACACCAAACACACAUGGGUCUGGCAUCGAGAAUCGUUGUAAAUUUAUGCUCAAUUAGCUCACAAAAGUCACGACAAGGUCCCAAUGUAUCCAUUUCCCUCACACAAAAACACACACGAAAAAAAUGUAGACAAGAGCUUGUGAUAUUAUUUUUCUUCAAAUUUUGAUUUUUUUUUUAUUUCUUGCCCCUUCUUAAUAUUAUUUUUUGUUUGUUUUUUUGAAUCUCAUAUGAAAUAUGAUCAAGGAACGACGCAAUAAUGAAUCUUCCAAACAAACCCCUUGAGUUUGCUCAAAGAAUGUUGAAUAUAUAUAUAAAAUAUACGUAAAAAAUUGAUGUCUUACACUUUUGAACAAAAAAAAAAUUAUUAAGAAAAAUUAUUUUUUAUUAAAAUAUUAAUUAAAAUUAUUAAUUAAUUAUUUUUUGUAUGAAAAAAAAAAUUAUUAUUAUUAUUAUUAAAUAUUUACUACUUAGAUAACCACUACCAGACGUUGAAAUAGGCGUUAAAUAAAAUAAAGCUGCGUUAAUAUUUGCGCUUGAUGCAAGAAAAAAUGUUAAAUUAUUAUUAAAUAUAAUAUUAUUAUCAAAAUAAAAAAAAAAACAUUAAUG